UCUCAUUUGCUCAAGUUACCGUCUAACGCAGAGAACUUUCUCUCUUUCAAUUACGACGAUCAACAUCACAUUUACUCCUUUAUAUAACACUGUUUUCGUAUUUUUUCUUGCAUUGUGAAUGUGUAAACAGAGAGGACAAGAGGUGGGAAAUAGGUAGGCAGAGACAAAUGAAGGAUGGAUGGAGGAAGGGAGGAGGGGUGUAAGGUAUGAUGGGAGGAGGACCAAGUAGGUAUAUAAGAUGCUGCCCAUCGCCUCCCGUCUUCACCAGCAUUCAUCUCUCCUCAAGGAACAGAAGAGCAACAACCUUCUAACAACAAGAAUGUCUAAUGUUCUAAACUCAGAGAAUGCCUCCACACUGGAGAGCGCCAUGCAGCUGAUGAUCCAGACGUUCCACAAGUACUCUGGAAAUGAGGGCGACAAAUAUACUCUCAGCAGGCAGGAACUCAAAGAGAUGCUAACGCAGGAGCUGGGCAACUACCUUGGGAAUGCACAGGAUAAGGAUGCGGUAGAUAAAGUUAUGGGAGACCUGGAUUCAAACAACGAUGGUGAGGUGGACUUCACAGAGUUCGUCAUCCUCGUUGGUGCCCUCACUGUUGCCUGCAACGACUUCUUCCUCGAGUAUCAUGAAAAAGAUGAAAAGAAGGCUGAAAAGAAAGAGUAGAGUUGCAUUUCUCUGAACAAAAGCCAACACAUGACCAGCGAAUGAUGAUGAGGGGGAAAUGAGGGGAGUGUGUGUAUGAAUCUUCCUUACUGAUACUUUAAAAGUUUCUUGUCAUCUCUGCACAUCCUGCAUCCAUGCAAUCCUGGGUACACAAAAUGUUCUAUGAGACACAACAUGUUUCCAACCCCUGAACCUAUUAGACGCAUUAGGAAUGAGAUUGUGACAUGGUCUUUGUUGAAUAUGUGAAUAUGUGUUUCUUCCUAUCUUUUGUUUUUUUAACAAUUGGAGUUGUUGAUUUUAAAAUAAUCUCUCCAUAUAACAAUAAA